AUGGCAAAUGAACAUGCUCAGUUUGGAGAAUCCAGUACAAAUGAAAACAUCACCGUAACGACGGUAAAUAAGAAUAAGAAAUAUCGCCGCGACAAGCCAUGGGAUGAUGAAAACAUAGACCAUUGGGAAAUUCAACCAUUCAAACCAGAAGAUAACUUAGGGGGCCAUUUUGCAGAGGAAAGUAGCUUCGCCACCCUAUUUCCUAAAUAUCGCGAAAAAUACAUCCAAUCUAUAUGGGCAGAUGUCAAAAAAUGUCUUGGAGAACAUAAUAUUAGAUGCAAUUUGGAUCUUGUUGAGGGAUCAAUGUCUGUCUACACAUCCAAAAAAACUUGGGACCCGUAUAUCAUCAUUAAGGCCAGGGACAUGAUCAAGCUUUUAGCACGCAGUGUCCCUUUUGCACAAGCACGAAAAAUACUGCUUGAUGGUGUAUAUUGUGACAUUGUCAAAAUUGGCGGUUUGAUCAGGAAUAAGGAGAAGUUUGUCAAAAGGAGACAAAGGUUAGUAGGCCCUGGAGGGACUACUUUAAAAGCAUUAGAAAUACUCACGGAAUGCUAUAUUCUGACACAGGGGCAAACUGUGUCUAUUAUGGGCCCAUUCAAGGGCGUUAAAUUGGCAAGGCGAAUUGUGGAAGAUUGCAUGAGAAACAUUCACCCAGUAUACCAUAUCAAAGAGUUAAUGAUCAAAAGAGAGUUAAAUAAGGAUGAGAAUUUGAAGAAUGAAAAUUGGGACAGAUUCUUACCUCAAUUCAAAAAACGCAAUGUGCAGCGUAAAAAGUUUAAGUCCAAGAAAAAGAAUUCAAAUAGCAUAAUUCCAGAUCAGACACCAAGGAAGGAGGAUAUUAUGUUGGAAACAGGCGAGUAUUUUUUGAAGGAGCAUGUGCGUAAGGAGAAGGCGUUGAAAGAGAAGAAGAGGCGGAAAACUAUAAAACUUGAAGAAUACAUCAAAACAUAUGACCCAAAAAAUUCAGCUCUUAAUAAGAAUAAAAAUGAUGUCACUAAAAAUGACGAUGAUGCUGGUGAAAUUAGAAAGGAGCCUGAAAAUAUAAGAAAAAAAGCAAAAUUGAGUAGUUUGAAUACCCAAACUGCUAGAAAAUUAAUUUUGUAA